AUGCCCGCGGUGCGAGGCCAUUCGACCCUCAAGCGUUUCUCUCGCGGCGCACAUGAGCUCGACGCUCGUGCUAACUCGAAGCCCAGUGUCACCGUGGUACUGAGCGAGACCACUAUUGGCGGGAUCGCCGUGCCCGUGUUCGUUACGGAGACGAUCACCCCAUCGUCAUCUGGCGUAUCGUCUUCCUCGGCAACAUCGGAAGCUACCAGCUCCCCUCCGAAUCAGUCCUCCAGCGUUCGCUCAAGCUCUGCCAGCUCUGCUUCUCAGAGCUCGCACUCGAGCCCGAGCUCUUCCAGUGCCCCUUCGAGUUCUUCUAGCGCAUCCUCGACUGCCCAGAGCAGCAUGUCUACGUCUCACGCUUCUUCCCCGGAAACUUCCAGUCAAUCUUCAUCCGCGACCGCAACACCCUCUAUCCCAUCUGCCACAUUCAUCUCCUCCACUGCGUCACCCACUCCGACCACCUUCAAUAAUUCAAAUGCGUCCUCAUCCACUGCCGUCGCGAAGAAGGGCCUCUCUGGCGGUGCGAUCGGCGGCAUUGUCGCCGGUGGUGCCGCGGUCGUCCUCCUCCUAAUCGUGUACUUCGUCCGCAAGCGCUUCCUCUACAAGCGGCAGAAGCGCAGGAAUUCAUGGGCAAUAGACGCGUUCUCGUCGGGGCCCGCCCAGCCUGCCGAUGGUGGUAACGUGUCUGAUCUCUCCCGCGUACCAUCGUUCAUCACGAGCAAUCGCGACAAUUUUUCGAUCCGCAGCGCGCAGCCGCCGGUGCAGUCGCCCCCGAUGCAACGGCGAGAUAUGCAGCCACCAUUGAUGCAGCCUCUGUCUCUGCAACAGCGCGCAAUGCAGCCGCCUCCGGUGCAAGCGGUCAUGCAGCCGUUUAAUCCGUACUCCCAGAUGUCACGUCAAGUAGCGCCGCCUGCGAUACCUUUCGUUCCCCUUCCAGCGGCUCCGCCGACAGCUUACAAUACACCUGCCCCUGCCGUCCUGCCGUCCGCUGCGCCACAAUUCCAUCCGAUAUCUCUUACGCCAUCCGCUGCCCCUGCCGCAGGUGGACAGACUGCCUUUGCGCUGAUUAAAUCUGCAUUCGUCCCUCGUCUCCCCGACGAGUUGUCAGUUAGCGCGGGCGAGAUGGUGCGCAUGGUCGCGGAGUAUGAUGAUGGGUGGGCCCGUUGUGCGAACAUGCGCGGAGAGCAGGGCGUCGUCCCGCUCGAGUGUCUCCAACGCCAGCGGCCGAACGCAAGUGGCGUGCAAGCGCCAGUUCUGCAGAAUCCGCAGCAACUCGCGUACGUAGGAGAGGGUACGGGCGACUGGCGGAUGUCCCAGCGCGAGAGCAGCCUUUAUCCCGCGCAAAACCCGAGCAUGGGAUACUAG